ACAUAUAGGUUCGCGCUUGCCAUUUCCCACAGCAUGCACAACUGACAUGGCAAUCUCUUUUGGACUUUAGAGCUUCCACCUUUUCGCAAAGACAAACUUUCGGCUGGCUGCUGCUUAUUCAAAAGGACUCGUACACUACUUUAUAUAUUUCCCGCUGCGGGACAACCCCCAACAAAAAAAAAACGAAACGAGCGAACUUGCCAAGAAUUGGGCGCAACUUGCAACCAAAACACACACACUCUGAAAAACACCCGAGCAGUAUGGAGCCGUCCUUGGAUGAAUUGUUUCUGUCUGCGACAGCAGCAGUGACAGCACCUUUGCUCGAUCCAUCCAGUUUUCAGACGCACCACCACGACAUUGAUACACAUAUGCUCGACUUUGACAUGUCUUUUUUUGAAGACUUUAACACCCACCAACAACUACUACACGACGAACAACCACCACACACUCCUCAAGGACACGAACAACAACAACAACAUCAGCAGCAGCAGCAGCAACACGAGCAAGAGCAGCAACAGACGGCAGGUCCCGUCAAUGUUACUGUUACCGAUAUGUCCAGCAUGCACAGUCCGACAGUACAUGCUUUCGUUUCAAACGGAGCGCAGCUGGUCUCCUCUUCCUCCUCCUCAAUACCCAACGAUUCCAUGAUGAUAUCCUCCCCCACAGAACCCACAAUGUCUCUCAAUCCUCCGUCUGGAACAUCUCUUCCCUCUACUACAUCCCCUUGGGGAAGUUUACCAUCAGAGCCCAAGGUCAUGCGCCUGUCGCGACAUCGCCGAGUUGCUUCCAUUGGCUCUCCGUCUGGGAAUGAUAAGCCUCAUCAUCUUCGAUCGCCUUCGUUCCAAGUGCUCUCGCCAGGAGGAUCCUUAUCGGGAGGUGAACAGACUAUGGAUCAGCUUAAAAAGAAUGUCUUCCGUCCUUCCCAUAGGAGGGGCAUGUCCGUUGGGGGCCACUCGCUAAACACGGGUCAGAUGGCCGCCCAUCCAUCUGUGUCGGCACUCAAAAGCCCGCCCUUGCAGCGACAAAACUCUAACCCGUUAAGCAGUCCCAAAUCCCCUUCAUCACCCUCACCCACAUCGCCUUGGUUGCAACAGCAACAACAUCAAUCUCCGACCUCGACUCAUAUCCGGACUCCACCUCGUGCGUCCCUACCGGACAUUAGUGACCCGCCUCAGCCGACCGUCCAGGCUAGCCGAACUCACAACAUGGGACAUCGGAGAGGCUAUUCCAUUGGAACAUUCGCUCCUGAGCCGGCAUCGCACCUUCCUCACUCACCUGUCAAUGAUCCUGCCCUUGUUGCGAUUGGGUUCAGCAUGGCUGCUCGCCGCCAGCACUCUACGGAUUCCAUUCCGUCGUCAGCGACAAAUGCCGCGGUGCACGCCAGGCAGCUGGCAUUGGGGCAUCGACGAGGUAGUUCCUUAGGACAUGGCUUAGCGUCGCCUGGCGCCCAAAUGCUUUCGUCCCCGCAACUGGAUCCGCACAUGCACUUGGGAUCUGGAUCAAUGCAAGUCCUACACUCUCCAACCGCAUCGUCCGUUCAGUGGUCGGCGCCAUCUUCCCCUGGCCCCGCUUUCCAGCAACAGAACCAUAGUCGUAGGGAGUCACACUCCUCUCAAGCUAGUUUCCUGCACUCCCCAAGCCUGACGUCCACGUCAGACGUUGAUCCUCAAGUGCUAGAGACAUUUGUGAACAUGCAACUCCACGCCGAUGCAGAGUUUCCUAGCGCGGGCAGCAGUGAUUUGCACGGGUUAGGAACUGGGAGUUCCGAGAUGACAGCGCAAAUACAGCAACGGGAGCUCUCCAUCUUGACCGAUUUGCAGGGAGGCAUGUAUCCGUUUGGCAUGGAGGAGCUUGGAAUGGAUAUGGACGAGCUGGGAAUGGGCAUGGCGAGCGAGGACCACUCCAACCCUCCUACUACUACGACUUCUGGGUCCGAUGAUUUUCUCCACACACCACUCGGUCUUCCCGAUGCUGCCGCCUUGGCUGCUGAAGCGCUACUCGGUGCAUCCAACAAGGACGCCAUGAUGGUCUCCACCCCCAAGAGUCAACCUCCCGGUCUGAGUCCCACUAAAGAGGAGCCAAAGGAAGAGGAUGAAGAAGACGGGAGUGGAAAUUCUUGCGCGGAGGAUGAAGAGGAUGCAGAAGAGACCUCAGCUGCUAUCGAGCAAGUAGAACACCGGUGCCGAUGGACAAACUGUGACGAGCUGUUUGACACCGUUGAGGAACUUGUUAGCCAUAUUUCUGACCUGCACAUUGGGUCUGGAAAGGCUACCUACAAGUGUGAAUGGGCAAACUGCACGCGCAACCAAAGACCCUUCACAAAGCGUCACAAGAUCCACAAUCAUCUCCGUAUACAUACGGGUGAACGACCGUUUGAAUGCCCUGUACCAGAUUGUGGCAAAAAGUUUUCUCGACAAGAUGGACUUAAUACGCAUAUUCGGACUCACUCCAAUAUAAAACCUUACGUCUGCGGCUUUUUCGGCUGUGGAAAAGCCUACUAUCACUCCCGCUCUCUACGAAAACACGAAAAAUCCCACCUCCAUCCCGUUCUCCUCCCUAUGAACCUCCUCCCAAUGUUUAACCAGCAUCCCCAACAACAACCCAUGGUUCAACAUGGGAAAAUGAUGGUUGUUGAUAAUGGAUUUUAUAUGAGCCAUCCUGCUGGGUACGAUCAGAUCCCGAUUGUACCGAGUCAGAAUUGGGAGACGGAUGGCAGAUAUUUGCAAUAAUUUCGGAUUUUUUUUGAGACAUGUUUUCAACAAGACAAAAAAACGGAAUGGAUUUGAAUUUAAAAAGAAGAACCAAGUUGCAUAUAUCAUUUGAACAAUUUGGAUUAAUAGUUUUUUUGUUUUUUAAAAAUGUUAACAGUUGGUGGACCACGGAGUUUGUUAUUGUUUUUCUUUGUAUACACCUUUUUUUAUUUUUAUAUUUUGUUAGUGUUCGUCAAACAUACACAUGCAGGCAUUUUAAUUAGUUUGUUGCAUGUUUUGUUCUUGUGGGAGGGGAACAUGUUCAUACCAAAAUACAAUCGAGUAUAUGAAAAUUACAUGGUGG